AUGUCGGCAUCCCACCCAGACCUCCCAGACCCCCAAAACGCGAAUCGCGCCACCCCAUCAAUCUCAGCCGAUAACGCAACCCUCCAUCUCGGCAGCUCCAUCUUCAUCGCAGCCCCCACCACCAAAGUCUGGGAAGCACUAAUGGACACAUCCACCUGGCCCACCUGGAACAGUUUCGUUCCCCGCGUCACCAUCCGCUCCCAACCCAGCAGCACCGACGCAGACGCAGACGCAGCGGCAGGAGAGGCAGAGGCAGCGGCAGAGGCUAACACCAACCUUUCCCCUAUCCUGCAAAAGGGUACACGAAUGAUUUUCCACGUCCGUAUGGACCCGAGCUCAGCCAAGCCGCAAAAAGCCGCUGAUACCUUCCUGGUUGUUACGGAGGUUGAGCCCCCGAAUGCGGAGACUGGGACUGCUGGGCGGAUCGUUUGGGUUGCUGAUUGGGAGGCGGCUGGUGGGUACUCGCCAAGGUAUCUUGUUGCGGAGCGGGAGCAUGAGAUUAAGGAUGUGGAGGGGGGCACAGAGGUGAGGAAUUGGGAGAAUCAGACUGGGUGGCUUGUUUAUGCGGUUCGGUUCUUGUAUGCGCAGAAGUUGGCGGAUAAUUUUGAGUUGUGGGUGAGGAAUUUGAAGAAGUUUGUUGAGGGUCAGAAGUGA